AUGGCAACGAAAAUCAUCUACUUCACAGUGAAUGGGAGACCAGAAAAGGCUGAAUUCCCGAUGGACUGCCCUGCUCAGGAUGUCAAAGAUCUGUUCCGCUCUGCAGCCGAGGCAGGACCCCAUGACAUCCUGAAGCUGUACAACCCCAAAGGCAACAUCAUCAACAUCUCCCCGAGUCUGGAGCCCAACAGCCCAAACUCCUGCUACAAGCUGGAGGUGGUGGCCUCCGAGUGCAACAGUGAGCCGUUAGAUAAAUGACUUAACACUGUGCGGGUGGUGUGUGAGCUCAGACUGCAGGGCCUGGAGAAGAAAAUCCUGAUUGAAGCCGGUGAGACCCCUGCAGUUGUGUAUGAGAUGAAGAAACAGGUGGAUCGAUUCCGGGACAAACUAGAGAGUGUGGAGCAUCUGAGCUGGCUGGGAUUAUUUAAAGAUCUGUCAGAGGGAACACACAAGCCCUCCCCAUUUUACCACAAGAGAACCCUACGAAAAACCAGGAAAGAGUGUGAGCAUGUACGGGAAAAGUUUCUUCAAAUGAGGCACGUUCACGUAUCAGACGAAGUGAGGCAGUACUUAAAGACCCCAACCUUUGAUAACUGGCAGUGGGAGGACGCAGAGAUAAUGGUGCUCCUGCAUGUCAUGUACGCAGAUUUAGAUUUCAUAGCGACCUUCAACAUUGAGCCUGAAGUCCUGCAACAGUUCCUGUUUGAAGUCUAUCAAAGAUACAACAACAUCCCUUUCCACAACUUCAAGCAUUGCUUCUGUGUUACCCAGAUGAUGUAUGGUUUGAUCUGGCUGACUGACCUGAGGAGUAAGAUGGACAGCAUUGACCUGCUGAUCAUGUUGACCUCUGCAGUUUGCCAUGACCUCGAUCACACAGGAUACAACAAUGCCUAUCAGAUAAAUGCUCGGACAGAACUUGCUCUUCGCUACAAUGACAUCUCUCCACUGGAGAACCACCACUGUGCUGUAGCUUUUGGUUUACUGGAGAAGACAGAGAGCAACAUCUUCAGAAAUGUGUCCAUGGAUCAAUAUAAACGGAUAAGAGAAGGGAUCAUAAAAUGCAUUCUGGCCACAGACAUGACAAGGCACAAUGAGAUUCUCAACAAGUUCAAGUCCAUCCUGCCAGCUUUUGACUUCACCAACAAGGACCACAGAGAUGUGCUGAUGAUGAUUCUGAUCAAAGUGAGCGACAUAUCCAAUGAGGCGAGGCCCAUGGAGGUGGCUGAGCCUUGGUUGGACUGUCUUCUGCAGGAAUUCUACAACCAGAGUGAUAUGGAGAAGUUGGAGGGUCUUCCAGUCACCCCCUUCAUGGAUCGGGACAAAGUAACCAAGCCUUCAUCUCAAACAGGCUUCAUCAGAUUUGUCCUUUUGCCUCUCUUCAUCGAGCUGGCCAACCUUUUCCCCUGCCUGGAGCAACACAUUAUCGAUCCGGUACGGAAGGCUCUUGAUUACUACACAGAGAUGGAGAAAGCACUGGAGAGGGAGACACAGAACCGGGCUCAGAGUGAGAAUGCAGCCAAGAGUAAGGAGACACAGAGCACAGCUGACAGCCAGACUGAUGCUGUUGGCCCCGAAGCCUCGAAACCAGACGCACAGUGAACUAUGGUGAACGGCACUAUAUUUAUAUUGAUUUAAAUGUUUUAGCUCCGUUUACAUUUGUACUUUUGCUCAAGCACAAGUUGCCAUUCCAAGCAGUGCCUGUUGUAGUUUUGGUGUAUGCAGUAUUAUCUGUAAUGUGAUGAGAUGGAACCUAACUUUUACUUUAUAAUUUUGCUGGAGGGUUAAAAAUAAAUUCUCAACACUAGUAGGCUACAUUUUAAAAGAGAAUUUCCAAAGUACAGUUCAACAAAUUAGUUUGCCUGAAUUAUGUUUUACGACAAUCAAUAUUUUGAUUAAAGGAAUGCGUGACAAAGGAUUAACAGAUUAUAGAUAUGUACAUUUCAGACAACAUUGCAUUUCUACUCCAGUGUUGUUUGUUUUGGAAUAAAUAAACUGCAUAUACUGUAAGUUGCUUUGGUUGCAUUGCAUCAGUUGCAUAUGUGCAUGUAA